AUGAUGAAAGAUGGAAUGAUUUUGUCACCUGAAGCUGUUUAUUAUGCCGAUUUUUAUGAUUUUGUUUGGUGGUUUCUCAUCCUGCCACGGUUUUUCUGUUUACAGGAGGAAGAUCUCCUUAGCACAUUUAAUAAACAGAUUGAAGAAGACAGGAGAAUUGUAAUAGCUCGUAGUAACCUAAAUGAAUUGUACAAGGUUCUGGAAGAGCAUGAGCUUUCAUGCAUUGAUUUGUUGCAUGUAAAUACUGAUGGUGUAAUUCUGACAAAGCAGAAAGCUGAAAAAGUUAUUGGUUGGGCAAAAAAUCAUUACCUGUACACGUGCCUCCAACCAUCUAUUAAAGGGGAUAGAUUGUAUCUGCCUCGUGAAAGCCUUGAAGCCACAAUUUUGAGGUUGAAGGAGCAGGAAACAAUGUCAAAAAAGCCGUCUCAGAAUCUUAAGAAUCUUGCCAAGGAUGAGUAUGAGAACAACUUUGUCUCAGCAGUCGUUCCACCAGGUGAAAUCGGAAUCAAAUUUGAUGAUAUUGGUGCUCUUGAAGAAGUAAAGAAGGCACUGAAUGAACUUGUAAUCCUACCAAUGUGGCGACCAGAGCUUUUCUCCCGUGGAAAUCUGUUGCGGCCUUGCAAGGGGAUCUUACUUUUUGGGCCUCCUGGAACUGGAAAAACUCUUGUUGCUAAGGCGCUUGCAACAGAAGCAGGAGCUAAUUUCAUUAGUAUUACUGGUUCAACCCUUACAUCAAAGUGGUUUGGAGACGCUGAAAAGCUUACCAAGGCACUCUUCUCAUUUGCCAGUAAGCUGGCUCCUGUAAUAAUUUUUGUUGAUGAGGUUGACAGCUUACUUGGUGCUCGUGGUGGUUCGUUUGAGCACGAGGCAACCAGAAGAAUGCGGAAUGAGUUUAUGGCUGCAUGGGAUGGCUUGAGAUCAAAGGAGAACCAGAAGAUCCUUAUACUUGGUGCAACAAAUCGUCCCUUUGACCUUGAUGAUGCUGUUAUUCGCCGUUUACCUAGGAGGAUAUAUGUAGACCUACCAGAUGCAGCAAAUCGCGCAAAGAUACUAAAGAUAAUUCUUGCUCGGGAAAAUUUGGAGGCAGAUUUCCCGUAUGAGAAUCUUGCAAAUGCAACUGAAGGUUAUUCUGGUAGUGAUUUGAAGAACCUGUGCAUUGCGGCAGCUUAUAGACCUGUUCAAGAAAUACUAGAAGAGGAGAAGGAGUUGGCCCAUAUUAGGAUACCCAAGUAUGAGUCUUAUGAUGCGGCACGAAAGGUUGAAUCACUGGGAGGUAGAAAAGAUGGAAUUCCAGUGUUACGACCGCUCAGUGUAGACGAUUUUAUUGAGUCAAAAGCAAAGGUGGGGCCAUCAGUCGCAUAUGAUGCAGCGAGCAUGAAUGAGCUGAGAAAAUGGAAUGAUCAGUACGGUGAAGGUGGAAGCAGGAGAAAGUCUCCAUUUGGCUUUUGAAUCUUAUAUUAACCGACGGAGGAGGUAGUUGGAGACUCCACAAUUUGGCUCGUCACUCUGAAUUAACAGAUUACGUUGUCGUUAGAAUUGUUUAGGUAGAACCAUGAAUGUGUAAUUCUUUUAGCAGGUGUUUUUUUUGUUUUUUUUGUUUUACGGCAAAUUCCAAUGAGUGGCUUUUGCUGCAUAAGGUUGGUUAAGUCAUGUAGUACCAAAGCAGGCAGAGAUAGGUUAGGAACAGAGCCAUAGAAGAUACAGGCUUUAGAAUGCCAAUGUGUAUUUAACAAAAAGUUCAAUUUUGUAAUUCUUCCUCUAUUAUAAGGGGAAAAAUUGAAAUGCCAAAGGUCGUAAAUGAUAUUUUUCUGCUUUUGAA